CGCAUGUAGAUGACGACACAACAGCUCGUCUUCGCUUUUUUUUGCGUUGCUCGGCUGACAGUGGAAUAGCAGCGGGCGGAGAGAGAAGGAAUAUAGAGCUUGUGUUAGAAGUUCAGGAUGGCGGCAGGAGGUGCUCCUGGUACUGGACUGGUGGGUGAUGUGGAAGAGGAUGCGUCUCAACUUCUUUUUCCGAAAGAAUUUGAGAAUGCAGAAACUCUACUAAACUCUGAAGUUCAUAUGCUACUAGAGCACCGCAAGCAGCAGAAUGAGAGUGCUGAGGAUGAACAGGAGCUGUCUGAAGUCUUCAUGAAAACAUUAAACUAUACAGCCCGUUUUAGCCGCUUCAAGAAUCGUGAGACUAUUGCCAGUGUCCGCAGCUUGCUGCUCCAAAAAAAACUGCACAAGUUUGAGCUGGCCAGUUUGGCUAACUUGUGUCCAGAGGCUGCUGAGGAGGCCAAAGCACUCAUUCCCAGCUUGGAAGGUCGCUUUGAAGAUGAAGAGCUUCAACAAAUCCUGGAUGAUAUUCAAACAAAAAGGAGUUUUCAGUAUUAGCAAGAAUCAUCCUCCAUUCAGGACACCCUGCAAUGCAAAUUUCCAUAUGAAGGUUUUCCAUAGUAAAACUAUUGUGCUCAUUGAACUCGGAGAUUUAAUGCUAGACCUUAAUCACUAUGCCAUCUCCUUUUUUUUUUGUUUUUAAACAUAAAAAUGGAAAAAAACUCCUUCCUGUUGUAUAAAAUGUGCAUUGGAAAAAUUAUACUUCUGUGAAAAAGCAAAGCAUUUCUAUAAGGACUAUUCAACUCUUAAGUACAAUGCACAUUUUUUGUAUGGUGUAAACAUUUUACACAGUGUAUAAUAAAUGAUUAACUAUUAUUACCA